CCCGCUCCGCCGCCGCCGCCUCCUCCUCCUCCUCAGGAUGUCGGUGCCGGAGCCCGCCGGCGGCGAGGAGGUGAAGCAGGCCAAGGAGGUGGAGGACGCCGAGAAGUACUCUUUCAUGGCCACCGUCACCAAGGCCCCCAAGAAGCAAAUCCAAUUUGCAGAUGACAUGCAGGAGUUCACCAAGUUCCCGACCAAGACGGGCCGUCGGUCCCUGUCACGCUCCAUCUCGCAGUCUUCCACUGACAGCUACAGCUCUGCUGCCUCCUACACGGACAGCUCUGAUGACGAGGUGUCCCCCCGAGAGAAACAACAAACCAACUCCAAAGGCAGCAGCAAUUUCUGUGUGAAGAACAUCAAGCAAGCAGAGUUUGGGCGCCGGGAGAUCGAGAUUGCUGAACAAGACAUGUCUGCUCUGAUUUCACUCAGGAAACGAGCUCAAGGGGAGAAGCCUUUGGCUGGAGCUAAAAUCGUGGGCUGUACCCACAUUACAGCACAGACUGCGGUGCUGAUCGAGACGCUGUGCGCGCUGGGAGCGCAGUGCCGCUGGUCUGCCUGUAACAUCUAUUCCACCCAGAACGAAGUGGCGGCUGCCUUGGCAGAAGCUGGUGUUGCCGUGUUUGCCUGGAAGGGGGAGUCGGAGGAUGACUUCUGGUGGUGCAUUGACCGCUGUGUUAACGUAGAUGGCUGGCAGGCCAACAUGAUCCUGGAUGAUGGUGGGGACCUGACCCAUUGGGUUUAUAAGAAAUACCCCAACGUAUUCAAGAAGAUCCGAGGGAUUGUGGAGGAGAGUGUGACCGGCGUGCACAGGCUGUACCAGCUCUCCAAGGCCGGGAAGCUGUGUGUCCCAGCCAUGAACGUGAACGACUCCGUCACCAAACAGAAAUUUGAUAACCUAUAUUGCUGCCGGGAAUCCAUCCUGGACGGCCUGAAGAGGACCACGGAUGUGAUGUUUGGAGGGAAGCAAGUGGUGGUUUGUGGUUAUGGGGAGGUCGGCAAGGGAUGCUGCGCCGCUCUGAAAGCCCUGGGAGCAAUUGUCUACGUGACGGAGAUCGAUCCCAUCUGCGCUCUCCAAGCUUGCAUGGACGGAUUUCGGGUGGUGAAGCUGAGCGAAGUAAUCCGUCAGGUGGAUGUUGUCAUCACCUGCACAGGAAACAAGAACGUCGUGACCAGGGAACACCUGGAUCGGAUGAAGAACAGCUGCAUCGUGUGCAACAUGGGCCACUCCAACACCGAGAUCGAUGUGACCAGCCUCCGGACCCCGGAGCUGACCUGGGAGCGGGUCCGCUCCCAAGUGGACCACGUCAUCUGGCCGGAUGGCAAGCGGGUGGUGCUGCUGGCCGAGGGCCGUCUUCUCAACCUGAGCUGCUCCACGGUUCCCACCUUCGUCCUCUCCAUCACCGCCACCACUCAGGCUCUGGCUCUGAUUGAGCUUUACAACGCUCCCGAGGGCCGUUACAAACAGGACGUGUACCUGCUGCCGAAGAAGAUGGACGAGUAUGUCGCCAGCUUGCAUCUGCCUUCGUUCGACGCCCACCUGACAGAACUGACGGACGAUCAGGCGAAAUACCUGGGACUCAACAAAAAUGGGCCUUUCAAACCCAAUUAUUACAGAUACUGAUGGACCAUACCCAUGAAGGACCAGACCACACAAGGCAACAUUAGAGAGAUUAUUUUUAAAGAUCAUUUUUAUUUUGGUUUACCUUUUUUUUUUUUUUUAAAAAACCAACAAAGGAA